UUCCCCAAAUUCGCGAGGCAGGUUGUGACAAAAAAUGGCUUUCAACAGUGCCAGGGAUUUUUUUGCCACCCAGCAUUCUAGUGACACGUGUACCGGUUUCGAUCCUACGAGAAUUUACAUGUUAGGUGAGAGAAAUUCAGGACUAAAACCUAGAGGAAUUCUACAAAACUACAAUCAGCUAAAAGCUUACCACCUUCAGUGCCAGACACUAUUCGAAGACCCCCAGUUCUCUCCAGAAACGAUAGAAAUGGGCGAUAACUGGACAAAAAUGAGAGAUAGCAUCAAGUGGCUGCGGCCAAAGGAAAUAGUAGAAUACCCCAAACUAGUCAGAGACGGCAAGGAUCGAUUUGAUAUAAAUCAGGGGGAUCUUGGUGACUGCUGGUUCUUGGCAGCAGUUGCAGACGUGGUGCGGAACCAUAGACUCAUGGAUUUGAUAGUACCAGCCGGACAGAGUUUUCACGAAGACUAUGCUGGCAUUUUCCAUUUCAGAUUUUGGCAGUACGGCAGGUGGAUAGACAUAGUUAUAGAUGACAGACUUCCUACGUACAAAGGCAAGUUGAUUUAUUUGAAAUCAAACCGACCAGAUGAGUUUUGGACGCCAUUACUCGAAAAAGCCUGUGCAAAGCUGUAUGGUUCCUAUAAAAAUAUAGAGGGUGGUUUCACUUCUGAAGCUCUUCAGGAUCUUACAGGAGGCCUUACCGAAAUUUAUGAUGAGAUUUUGAAACUACAUCACAUUUACAAUUUUUUUGAAAUGAUGGAAGUGUCCUGCAGGACACAGUCUUAUAUGGGCUGUGGGAUAACGAAUUCAAAAGAGGUGGAAGGUGAGCAAUCUAAUGGACUUUACACAAGACACGCGUACAGUAUUACUGGAGUAAUAAGAAUUAACGAUGUAAGCGGGACUGCCGAUUUCAAAUUAGUCAGAAUCAGAAACCCGUGGGGGCAAUGCGAGUGGACGGGAGACUGGAGUGACAAUUCGGACAGGUGGGAGUUGGUGCCAGAAGAUACCAAGCAACAAUUGCUUAGGGUCAAAGAUGAUGGAGAGUUCUGGAUGGAGUUCAAGGAUUUCAUCACAAACUACACGCUCUUAGAGUUCUGUCAUCCAAAUCCGGCCUCGCUGAAGACCGCUCAGGAGGAAGUACGACGUUGGAAAAGUUUCAUGAUAGAUGGAGCCUGGGUUGCCAAAGUUACGUCUGGAGGGUUACCAAACAAUAAAGAUUUUUACAGAAACCCUCAAUAUUUAGUAAACAUUAAUGACCCAGACAAAAGCAAAACACACGUAAUAUUAAUUGGUUUAAUGCAGAAAAACAGAAGAAUACAUCGACUCCCGGAGCUUCCUAUCGGUUUUGCAAUAUAUCGUGUGAUAAAUUCUAUCGUAAACGGGGGCAGAUUGAGCCGUGACUUUCUAGGAUCCAGGAAACCCGUCUAUGAACGUCAAAUAGAAAAGGCCAAACAAGUUACAGGACACGUGGAGCUGUCCAGCGGGAGUUAUUGCAUUAUUCCCUUCACUGACGACUCGAGGACCAACUGCGAAUUCCUUCUUAGAGUCUAUUCCGAUGUACCAUUUACCGUCAUAGAACAAGAUGAUGAGGUUGGGAUGAUUCGCCAGGAAGACGGCACUGUUUUGAGAGAUACGAUCGACUCGAAAGCUGCAGAUCUUGCAAUCAAGCACGUUUAUAAAGGUUUUGCCGGAGAAGACGAGAACAUCAGUUGGGUGGAGCUGAAGCGUAUAUUGGAUCUUCUUCUUAAAGAAGAGAAAAAGGAGUUUUCUAAGGAAGUUUGCCGCAGCAUGGUGGCCCUGAUGGACACGGAUCAGUCGGGGAAGUUAAACUUUCAUGAGUUUUUCCAGCUGUGGGAGAAAAUCGGUACAUGGAGGGGAACGUUCAGGAACUUUGAUUUGGAUCAAUCAGGUACGAUAUCGGGACCGGAGUUGCGGGAAGCCCUAAGGGCCUCUGAGAUUCGGGUCAACAAUAGAAUUUUGAACAUGCUUAUGCUGCGCUACGCUAACGAAAAAGGGGAGAUGGAAAUGGAGGAUUUCCUCCAUUGUUGCAUUAAGCUGACCGCUAUGAUUCAAAUGUAUGAGACUGAAGAUUACAAAAGGAAGAGGACAGACUGGAUCAUUGACACGAUUUAUACAUAAUGGGUAAUUUUGAACUUAUUUGUGUUGCUUUUAAGAUAAAACAAUUUGUCAAUUGUUUUAAGUAAUGAUCUCAUUUAUAUUUGUCGUUAUUUAUAUUUUGUCUUCAUUUACUAAAAUAUAUACGAAUCUGAAACCUGAAA